UUGAUACUGGUUAUCGCUGAGAAGUAUCAGCCCUUAUCCUUGCCGUCUCAUCUAGAACUAUCGACAAGGUUCCUCGUGGGACGCUCCACCGCCAGGAACCGCUUCCAACGCAUUUACCGGCAAUCGUCUAAUGGAUGGAGCCAGCGCAUGAGGAGUCCGGUCCGGAAUCUCGGCCGCAACCACUCCGCUCCGUCUCCCCUACACCCUCCGAUAUCACGAACGACGACCACGUCACCGGCAUCGACAACAACGUCGCCAACAAUGACAUCCCCACAAUGCCAGAUUCUGUGCUAGCGACCUCAUUCAACACCGGUAUUAGCGUCAGUAAUGGCACCGUCCUCCCACAACCGGACAAGACAACCUCUUCUCCGCCGACGACCAGGGACCGCAGCGUGUCUGGAGUAGUUCCGCCAUACUGGACUCAUUAUCGGAAUCCGUCGCGGUCAUCACAGAUGUCGGUCGAGCAGCCAUUGGGGAUUACAUUGGAGGAUCAUACGGAGGACCCGAAUUCGGAGACGAGUCGAGGGCUAUGGGCGCAGAGCGUUUCUGUCGAGGAUCAUGCGGUUGUACAUGGGAAGAGCGGAGUUGGGGACUAUGUCGUGUGGCAUUGUAGGAUACAGACAUUAGAUGGAGGCCCGAUUGUCAUUCGCAUGAGAUAUUCGGAAUUUGAUACCUUACGGCGACAGCUGUUGCUGGCAUUCCCACAUGCAAAGAAUGCACUACCCGCUCUACCACCAAAGAGCGUCCUUUUCCGGUUCCGACCAUCAUUCCUUGAAUCUCGCCGCAUCGGAUUAGAAUAUUUCCUCAACUGCGUCCUUCUGAACCCGGAAUUCUCCGGUUCCCCCAUCGUCAAGGACUUUCUCUUCGGUCGAGUGGGGUAGAUUGAGCAUACAUUCGAGAGAGUCUCUUUGUGUCAUGAUGUUACGUUAUAUUGUCUGUUCUUAUUGUAAUAUUGCAUGGGUGUGAUUGGAGCAAGUGUUUGGGGAUUCGUUCGCUUUUCGUUGAUAGAUAAUGUUUUACCAUCUGUGGGUAUUUAGUAUGCUACAAGGGAGCAUUUCAAGUUUAAAAUUGUGCAAAAUACAGACAUCAAUUUGAAUUCUCGCA